CAGGACUCCGCCGAUGGGCGUUCCAUUGGACGUUUUCGUCGCUUAAGUAGUCCACAAAAGCGAGAAAGUGAAUGUAUUUCAGCUUAUGUCUCACUCCGGCUAGCUUUGUUGAGAAACUUUGGGAGUGGAAGCAGCGAGGGGAAGAUGGACGCCCUCAUUUGAAUAGCAAUACGUGUCAUCCCCACGUUGCACGAGGCCCCCAAAGUGAGUGAGUUGUACCGGUCACUCUCAUUUUCUUUCUUUAUUCAAAUUAUCCCUCAUAUGUGUUAACGUUUGAACAUAAUAUAUAUUUGUAUAUAGCACCAUCAUUUAUGAAUGGCCCCACCUCCUUUCUGUGUCAUCCCUCCAUUUAGCAGAAGCAACACGAGCGUAGCCGUGCUCGUGCGCGUGCAUGUUUUACUAUAGCUGCACGGACCAAUCAGAAGGCAGAGACACGAGCCUAGCAAAGAUACACCAUCUUUUUUUUCCAGCUCAGGUUCUUUUUCUUUUUUUUAUAAAACACAUCCACUCCCCUUCCUUUCCUCCUCUUGCUGCUGCUGUCCCCACCCCAGAUUCCCGAACAAUUUUCCCCAAUCCCAAACACUUAAUUGAGCAAUUGGGAUUCCUCACGUGUGGGCUGAUUUGUAGUUUGAACACGUGGCUCAUUCAAAAAAACGCGUAUUUUUCCCCCCUCCUCUUCUUCUUCUUCGCCUCUUCUUCUUCUUCUUCUCCUUGUUGGUUGUAGUCGACCCAGAGGCGGGCGCCUGCCUUUACCGUGUGUGUGAUAUUCUCUGUCUCUUUGCCAAAAAGGCUUCGGAGGAAGACACAAAGUAGUUUCUCCUCCUUUUUUUUCCUUCCCCCCGUCGUCGUCGUCAUUUUGGAAGAUUAAUAAUUAAGCGUUUAUUUAUUGCGCGGCUCAAGAGAAGAGGGGCGACGAGGGAGCGCGAAGCCAGUGCGAGGCUGCCAGUUUAAAUCUAUCUGUCCACUCAGUUUUUUUUUUAUUUUGCUUUUUUUAUUUUUAUUUUUUUAUACUCCAAACAGUGCACACACCCGCUGUCGGAAGCGUAGAGGUGGUUUUUGUCUCUUUUCUUUUUUGGUUGUGAAUAUGAAUAAGCUAUACAUUGGCAACGUGAGCGCAGAGGCCAGCGAGGAGGACUUCGAAACUAUCUUUGAGCAAUGGAAGAUCCCCCACAGUGGUCCUUUUCUGGUCAAGACCGGCUAUGCCUUUGUGGACUGUCCCGAUGAGAAGACUGCAAUGAAGGCAAUCGAUAUUCUUUCAGGUAAAGUUGAACUCCAUGGGAAAGUUCUCGAAGUGGAACACUCCGUGCCAAAACGUCAAAGGAGCUGUAAGCUGCAGAUCAGGAACAUCCCGCCUGACAUGCAAUGGGAGGUCUUGGACGGCAUGUUGGCCCAGUAUGGUGCUGUAGAGAGCUGUGAACAAGUCAACACUGAGACAGAGACUGCAGUCGUCAAUGUUCGAUAUGCAGCCAAGGACCAAGCCAGGCUGGCGAUGGAGAAACUCAACGGCUCCAUGAUGGACAACAGUGCGUUGAAGGUAUCGUACAUCCCGGACGAGACCGCCGCACCCGAGGGUCCUCCAGCAGCAGGCCGGAGAGGCUUCAACGCCCGCGGGCCGCCGCGAUCCGGCUCCCCAAGUCUCGGCGCCCGCCCCAAAGUCCAGUCGGACAUCCCUCUGCGCAUGCUCGUUCCCACGCAGUUCGUCGGAGCCAUCAUUGGCAAGGAGGGUGCAACGAUACGCAACGUCACAAAACAGACCCACUCAAAGAUUGACAUCCAUCGGAAAGAGAACGCAGGUGCCGCAGAGAAGCCUAUCACGAUUCACUCCACGGCAGAAGGCUGCUCGAAUGCCUGCAGAACCAUCAUGGAGAUCAUGCAAAAGGAAGCACUUGACACAAAGUUCACUGAGGAGAUCCCACUGAAGGUUCUAGUACACAACACUUUUGUCGGAAGAUUAAUUGGAAAGGAAGGACGCAACCUGAAGAAAAUCGAGCUGGAUACGGGGACCAAGAUCACAAUCUCACCCCUACAGGACCUGACCCUGUAUAACCCAGAGCGGACCAUCACAGUCAAGGGCUCCAUUGAGGCAUGCGCCAGAGCAGAGGAGGAAGUGAUGAAGAAGAUCAGAGAGUCGUAUGAGAGCGACAUGGCUGCCAUGAACCUCCAGUCCAACCUGAUUCCAGGCUUAAACUUGAACGCUCUGGGUCUGUUCCCCAGUGGCGCACCUGGCAUGGGUCCAUCCAUGUCCCAUGUGCCCCCUCCCGGACCUGGCGGCUCAGCGUUCGGAGGACACCCAGAGUCUGAGACGGUCCACCUGUUCAUCCCUGCACUUGCCGUAGGAGCCAUCAUCGGAAAACAGGGUCAACAUAUCAAGCAGCUGUCCCACUUUGCCGGAGCCUCCAUCAAGAUUGCCCCUGCAGAAGGGAUGGAUCCCAAACAGAGGAUGGUCAUCAUUGUCGGCCCGCCAGAGGCUCAGUUUAAGGCUCAAUGUCGCAUCUUUGGUAAGCUGAAGGAGGAGAACUUCUUCGGACCCAAGGAGGAGGUGAAGCUGGAGGCCCACAUCAAAGUUCCCUCCUUUGCUGCCGGUCGGGUCAUUGGCAAGGGUGGAAAAACGGUAAACGAGUUACAGAACCUAACCUGCGCUGAAGUGGUGGUGCCCCGGGACCAGACUCCUGACGAGAACGACCAGGUCAUCGUCAAGAUCAGUGGGCACUUCUUUGCAUGCCAGCUGGCCCAGAGGAAAAUCCAGGAGAUCCUGGCUCAGGUGAGGAGACAGCAGCAGCCCAAGCCGGCGCCUGGAGCCCAGCCUCCGCUGCCCCGCAGGAAGUAACUCUCCAGCGGGCUCCUGGAGGAAAUGGUGACUGAAGCUGCCCGACUAAAACGAAGACAGUCGGGCGACGGAUGCAGCAGAGUCCGGGGGGAAAGGGGGUGGUGGAUUAGAUGACGAGGUGUUACGAACGCUCAUCUCAGGGGUCAAAGGUUACCAGAAACCUACCAAAACAUCCAGCCCCUCCUUUGCCUCGCUUGAACUUUCAAGUACGGCGAAGAAGACCGCCCCUCCUUCCCUGCCCUCCCUUGUUAUACCACACCUCUAAACCUCCACCCACCUCACCUCUCUGCAUCACUGUGGGAACCUAUCGGAGGGCUCCCAUCGACGUCACCUGCCCACACUGUACACACCUUGACCGCUCUCCUCCUCAUCCUCCCCUCACGGGUGUGUCUGUAACCCCCACCCUUUUUUUUUUUUAACUCUUGCAACACUAAAGAAGAAAUAAGCCCCCUCCCCGACCCCCCACUCCUAUCACCUCUUUGGUGUGGUACCUCAAACCCAACAAAGAUGUUUUGGUUGACUUCAGAUUUGGUUGAGACUUUUUUCAGUGUUUAAUUGGCUGAUGAAGCUUUCUCAUGAGUUUUCUGCGGAAAGACAAAAAAAAAAAGGCAUUGCUUUUACGGUCCUGGUGGGACCGCCAGAGGUUUAUUUGGGGGGAGAGUUGGCUCGGAUUGGUAGGGCCAUGUUUAGGGGAAAGAUUCUUGUUUGAGGCUAGGACCCCUAUAAAGGGGGUGUCCUGCCGUUGUAAUAAUGAAAGUGGCAUUUUAUAGAAAUUCGGAUGCAUUUUAUAGAUAGACCUAUAAAUAUAGAUGAAUAUAUAUAUAUAUAUAUAUAUACAUAAACUUAUAUAUACAUAUUUAGAGGUGAGGGCAGCGGUGUGACUGACACGUUGGGAAAUGGUGCUGAACUGCUGCUGCCCGGGAAAACCAAUUUAAUAUGCAUUUUACUUAACUACCUCAGGAUCUAGUACCUCAAAAGAAGAGACAAGAAAAUGAUUAUAUAUAAAUAUAUAAGAAAAAAAAUGUUCCUUUCUUUUUUUUUUAUUUUGCUUUUGUGGUAUUUUGUAUACUUUAUAAAGCUGAUAGUCUUUGAACAUUUUUAUUUUUUUAAGAAAAAAAACAAUUUAAAAUUUCGCGGUCGGCUGCCAACUGACCCUUGCCUUCAACUCUAGUGCUUUAUGGUGGCAUUGUACAUGUGUGUGAGUGACUAAAGAUGACCCUGUACAUAACGUCUAUUUGUACAUAGCAGCCCCAGAGCCGGAGUUGGCGCGCCUCAGCUGGCGGCUGACACCAGUAUCCAGAGAGAGAAUCGCCUCAGUUUUUCCCCUGAGGGUCCAACCAUCUUUGUUUUUUUUUUUUUUU